AUGAAGUUUGCAGCUGUCCAAGUGUUGCUGCUGGCAUUGGUUGGGAUCCAUACCAACAUGGUGCUAGCAGUAGACAUGACGUGUUUCGAGUUACCGAUCGUAAUCGUGUCACCUACAAAGGUGAGGCUGCCAACUGAGACCUGUAAUCAACCUCGUGUGCCCGCUCCUGAUUGCAUGAAAGACCCCGUCGAAGCCAACAUUGAGGUAAUUGACAACGUUGAAGGCGUGCUCAAUUGCCUGAAUGGAAGCCGAACCGCGGUCUAUUCGGGUAGUGCUCACUACCGCGGCCAGUCCAGUCUUCAUUUCACAAAGCACCAGAUAGCGGUUGAACUGAGUGAAGAUGGCGAGCUGCUUGGGUUUCCAGCGGAUCGCAGUUUCGUACUGAAUGGUCCAACAAUUGAUGAUAGCUUAUUGCGGAACCAUUUAGCCCAUUGGAUGUUUCGCGGCACGGAUCGCUAUUCACCCCGGACCCGUCAUGUUGUAGUGUUCGUUCGUGACCGAUUGGAUACGAACGAUUGGAGCCCACGGUAUCGCGGUAUCUACUUGGCGUUGGAGAAGAUCACGUACACUCCAAACCGAGUCGGACUGGCAAAGCUGAACAGCAAUUGCCAGACGAAGGAAGAACUCUCUGGAGGCUGGGCAUGGCAAAACAACCCGCUUGACUACGGUGAUUAUUCGCCCAACUUUGUGCUGAAUGCAGCAACCGGACUCUUUGGGUCCGGUGCAAGACCAGUUCUGACAUUUCCGGAGGCAAAAGUGCUUACACAAACUAUGCGUGACUACUUCGUGUCGCCCGAAACAGGGCCUCUUCCUCGAUUGUAUCAGUACCUUUACGACAAUAUGACUGAUCCUGAUGGACUAGAAGAGCACAUCGACAUUGGUUCGUUUGUAGACUACUUCCUGCACACGGAGCUGUCGGAAAACUCGGACGCCUACCGUCGCAGCACUUACUUUUUCAAAGACCGUGGUCAACCCAUUAACGCUGGCCCUGUCUGGGAUUUCAAUUUGGCUUAUGGACGUGCUGGUACUCAAACGACGUGGUUUUACACGGUUCAUACGUUUUGGAAGCGUCUCGCAUGCAAUUACAAGUUUGCAUCCCUCGUUCAACAGCGAUGGACUACAUUGCGCUCGACUUUGUGGAGUAAUGACGCGAUUGAAUCCUUCAUCUUAACAAGUGCCGAGCCGAUUCGUCGACAGUUGAUAAAUUGUGUCGGAUGGAAAAGCGAGAAUUUGCAGUGCGCAAAUGUCAAUGGAAAAUCAGCGGACACCUAUGACGAUGCAGUAAAUGAUUUGAUCAUCGCGGUUCUUGCGCGUGCUAUAUGGAUGGACUCAAGUGUGGCUGGGUUUUAUAAAAAACUGGACCGUGACCUGUGUGUGCCUAUUGGCAAACUUCCUGCCUACAACUGCGCUGCGGAUGGCAGUGACAAAGGAUGCCUGUCGAACCCCGACCUAUACAGCAACGCUGUCGACUUUCCGGAGCCCCGCAAAUCUAUGGCUGCAAAGGUUUGCGACCCAUCUAAGCAUUCCAGCAAGCUGGAGAAGCCAUCAAUUGACCCGUGCUGGUUGUCAGCGGGUGUAUACAUGACGGAUGGCUCGAUUACACCUUUCUGCGGAGGAUAUGGCUUUUGCCCCGAGGGACCAGGAGCGAAGUGUACGUGCACGAGUGGACGCCACCCACCCACCUGUGCUCGUAGCGACGAUGUGAUUGUACCUCACGGUGGCUUCACUGAAGAUGACAUGGUCGAGCCAACGUCAUUGCUAAGCCAGUAUCUGGAUAGAGAUGAUGGCACGCACUUCCGCUAUCCACUCUUCUUCUUGUGUGCUUUCUCUGCGAUGGUGUUGGGUGUGGCCGUGGCAGCCCAUCAAAAGCGCCGUCACCGCCGCUUCAUUCGUUUGCGCGAAACAUUUGGUCGGACGGCCGCCAACUUACGUGAUGAACAUGACGGGCAAAGACUUUUCUACGGCACUUCGUAA